CGAGAUGCUGCGCUAUAUCAUCGCGCCAACAGUUGCCUGUCUAUAUACUACGACGCCUGAAGUGCAUCGCGUUUUAUACUAUCUACUACCUGUUGGCACAAUCAGUGACUAGAAGAUCGGUGAACUUGCGCAAAGUACAAGUUUCUCGCGAGAGUCAACGUCCUUUCGGGAAUUCUCGAAGGUUAGAAACGUGCGUUUGUUUACAUGCGACGAGUGCGGUCAGGUAGCUAUGACACGUGACUGAACGAGCCUGCAUUGUGUUUAUCAUUGAAGUAGCAUGCCAAAAAUUGGUGCUCAUUCAAAAUGGAAGUGGACUUGUCGAGUCCUCGACUCACGCAAGAGGCCAUGCGUCACUACCUCUCAGAAUGCAAGAGAACCGGCGGUAAAACUGACAUGGUUGUUGUUAUUUUUCAUGCCAAGGUAGCACAAAAAUCAUACGGCACGGAGAAGAGAUUUUUCUGUCCACCACCAUGUGUUUAUUUAAGAGGAGAUUCGUGGGUGAUGAGACAAGAACAAAUGCGGCGAGAAGGAGAAUCUGAACAAGCAGUACAAAUAUGUGCCUUUAUUGGAAUUAUUGGCAAUUUGGAUCAAGACGUCCAGCAACUAGAUUUAAAUAAUGAAGAGCAAUACUGUGCGGCUAAAACUCUUUUUAUAUCAGAUUCUGAUAAACGAAAAAAUUUCAUGCUCUCCAUUAAAAUGUUCCAUGGAAAUGGUCAUGAUAUAGGUGUCUUCCACAGUAACAGAAUCAAAGUUAUAUCUAAGCCUUCUAAAAAAAAGCAAUCUCUUAAAAACACAGAAUUAUGUAUAGCUAGUGGAACUUCUGUAGCUCUAUUCAAUAGAUUGCGUUCACAGACAGUAAGCACACGAUACCUACAUGUUGAAGGUGAUCAUUUUCAUGCUAGUUCGACUCAAUGGAGUACCUUUACAAUAUAUCUAUUGGACGAUGAGGAAAGUGAAAAUGAAGAUUUUGAACCAAGAGAUGGAUAUAUUCAUUAUAAUAAUACAGUGAAAUUAGUUUGUAAGGACACAGGAAUGGCACUACCCAGAUUAAUAAUACGCAAGGUAGAUAAAUCAAUGGCAAGCCUUGAUGCUGAUGAUCCAGUUUCACAAUUACACAAAUGUGCUUUAUUCCUGAAAGAUACUGAUCGUUUGUACCUUUGUCUUUCACAAGAAAAAAUAGUGCCUUUCAAUGCAACAGCUUCUCCCAAAGAACCAAACAAAGAUCUUAUAAAUGAUGGUGCUUGCUGGACAAUCAUUAGUACAGAGCGUGCAGAAUAUAAAUUUUAUGAAGGAAUGGGUCCAGUGAAAGCUCCAGUUACUCCAGUACCAACUGUGCAGUAUCUUAAUCCAAUGGGUCAGGAUCAAGUUGCAAUGCUAGAAAUUAAAGGAGAUGAUUUUGCACCUAAUUUACAUGUUUGGUUUGGAGAUCUUGAAGCUGAAACAUGGUAUCGAACAGAGCAAAGUAUGGUGUGUGUUGUGCCAGAUGUUACAGCUUUUCAAGGAAAUUGGUCUUGGGUGGAUAAUGGUACUGCUGUGCCAGUAUCCCUUGUGCGAAAUGAUGGAAUAAUAUAUUCAACCGGCCAUACUUUUAACUAUGAUGUUGAACUAGGAAGGCGUGGAGUUAACCAAAUACCAAUGUUACCGCAGUUACCGCCACCUGUGCCACCAAUUGUGGAUGAUAGUAAUUGGCUAUUGCCUAAUCAGCAAAUACCACAACAACAUCAACCACCGAUGCAACAACAGCAAAUACCACUACAGAUGCCAAUGCAAAUGCAUCAACAACUGCCACCACAAAUGCAUUUUCACAUGUAAUUAACAUGGUGAUAUGAAACUGUACUAUAGUAAAAUUGAUUAGUUCUAUUAUAAGUAUAGCUAAUAGUUUUGAAGACUUUUACAAAAACUAGACUGCUUUUAAAAGCAAAUAAAAAUAUUUAUAUCAUAUGCAAUUCAUAUUUAAAAAUCAAUUUUAUUUUACUAUAUAAAGUAUGACAUUUACGAUCUCAGUAAUUAUUAGAAUCUUAAGAAGAAUGUGAUACUUGUAUAUUUAAUUAUUAAUAAAAUGACUAUUGACGAACUCAAUUAAAACCUCUACAGCUGUAAUCUACACCGA